ACCCCACCCACAACGCACCCUCGCACGCUCCCGAUCUGCAAAGGCACCAACCCUUCAAGAUACCCGAACAUGUCUCCGCCAAACUUGGACCCACUCGAAAUCUUAGGAAUCCUUCAAACUUGGGCCGUCCGUUCCUUCGUAUUCCUGGGAAUCCUAACCAUGACCCCGGCGAUCUUAAUCCUCCUCUACGACGCAACGCUCUAUGUCUGGCGCUACCUAAUCCUUGCACCCCUAACCGGCACGCCAUUCCCAGAGCAGGCGGCGGAGACCGCUAGGAGGGAGGAAGUGGAGAUCACCACCACUACCGCGACCACAACGCGGUCGACGCUUACUACGGUUACUGCCCAGCGGAGAAGGGCGUUGUCCGGGAGCGCAGAGCGGCCACUGGUAACGUCGGUAGAGAGAUUGGUGGAACCGAUACAGGGGUUGAAAGGAGUUGGGUUGUGAUCACUUCUUUCCUUUUUUCUACUUUACUAGCUUUCAUUUCUAGCAAGAAAUCUGUGCAUGGUCCGGGGCCGUGGCGUGGGGAGUUUUGUGGGGUUUGUUUCUGUUUCUUCUUUAUAGUGGUGGUGGUGAUUGGGGGGGGGCUUCGCGCAAGGAGAGAGAAGAGCGAAUCGGUAUGAUAGUUUAGAGACUAGUAAGUCCAUUUUAUCCU